AUACUACCAAAAUAAACUUGGGUGUGAACAAAACUCCGAAAAUACUCAAGUUUGAUCUAUCUACAAAUACAAAUAUGUGAUAAACAUAUUUUAUAUUAAGAUUGAGAUUAAUAUAAUAUGUAAUCUGGAACGUAAUUGGCAAUUUUAAAUGACACCCAUUUACAAUUAAAUGUAGAAAACCAUUCAAACACGAUUUGUGAAAAAGUGGGGAUUCCCAGAACAAUCCAUCUGAAUACUUUUCAUUGGUGUACGAGAUAAGAAGAUUGCAUAGUCCGCAAUUUAUCAGCUUACAACGAAAUAAUUGUCAGUAUAUUUUAAUUAUGUUGCGUAAACAUUCGAAAUGUUCUGGACGUUCUUCCGGCUGCCUCAAGAUCAAUAUCAUCAGUUAGCAAGACAGUUUUAAGGUUACAAGAUUUAAAAUUGUUCUGCGUGUGUUUUCCCCUUUCUUCAACAUGAACUAUUUGGAUACUCUGAAAGAUUUAUUCCCGAAUCAUCUGGAAGACACACUUCUGCGAGUUUUAAAUGAAGUAGAAGAAGAGUUGCCAUUUUCUGAUGAUGGAGAGAAAAUAGAACGAAUGUGCACUUUACUGAUUGAGAACUAUGCAAAUGAAUCUAUUACACCUCAAAUGGACUGUAAUUAUAAGGACUCUGAUAGUGAUAAUGAUAAUAAGGUGCAAAUUCUGCAAGAACAAUUGAAGGCAAGAUUUCCGGAUGCUUGCCCUGAUUUUAUAAAUGACAUUUUGACCAGAGAAUCAGUAAGAUUGGAUUAUGCUUCUAUAGUACAACAUUUUCAAAUGAAUGGCUACAGAAAGAAAAAUGAAAUGGUAACAUCUAUUGCUGUGAAGAAUCCUGAAUUGGUCAUGCAAAUGAAACAAUUAUUUCCAGAUGCAUGUGAAAUUUUCAUUAAUAAAUGUGUCAAUCAAGGUUUAGAUCUUGAUGCUUUACUUGACAAGUUUGCAAGUGAAUCUUAUGUGAAAUCUAGUGGAAAUUGUAGUGCUGUUGAUGAAAUGCUCAGUAACUUCCAUCAAAGGCUGUGUGAUAUGUUACCAAAAUUUGAUCCUGAUUAUUUGCUGGAGGAAGCCAAGAAGUUGCCACAAUUAUCUGAGCAAGCUUUCAGUAACUGUGUGAGUUUUCUACUGGAUAUGAAAGAAUAUCCUACAAUUGCAGAUUACAAAAAGCGUCAGACUGAAAAGGAAAAAAUGCUCAAGUAUCUCUUUGAUUUAAAAAUUGAUAUGUUUCUAAAAGAGUUUUCAUACAAUCUCAAGUCGUUUGAAAACAGCAAGAGAAAACAUUCUCUAUUGGCACAGAAUGUUAACCAAACAGAGUUUGAAAAUAAUAAGCGUUUUGCUUAUGUUAUGCUUUGUUAUAUAUAUUCUGGUGUUCAAGCACAUCUGAUUGAAGUAAAAUUGAAACAAUUCCAGUAUGAUAUUCUUGCGGUUUGCGAAAGUUUGGGACGGCCACAGAGGAAAGACUUCUUUAGAAAUGAAGUUGAUUUACCUCCAAAUUCAUACAAAAAUAAACUAAUGUUUCAAGAAUUAGCGUAUGUGAUGCAUCGCGAUUUGAUUAAUAAUUAUCUGAAGAUUCGAACGAGUUCUUAUGAGCGAGCUUAUAAAGAAGCUGAAGCCGCCAAUCAACUGCAAACUUGCAGAACAUGUUUUGAGGAAGGUUUGCUUCUGAUGCCAGAAGAGUCUUAUCAAUGUACCAAUGGAUGUAAUUUCUGUAAACAGUGCAUGAUUCGUGGUUGUGAAGUAGCUUAUGGCGAUGGUUUGCUGGAAAUUGACUGCUUUGAUGGUUGCGGUGCAACAUUUAGCGAUUAUAUUUUACAGAUGGUUAUGGACCCUGUUGCAUAUGUAAAACUAAUGCAACGAAAGCAAAUUAAAGCAGUCCGUGAAGCACUCCGUGACGAUUUUGAAACAUGCCCUUUCUGCGAUUACGGAACUGUCAUGAGUAAAGAGGAUAAAAUAUUCAUUUGUAGAAACAGUGAAUGCGGUAAAGAGUCGUGCAGGGAAUGUCAGCACGAGGCGCAUAUUCCAUUAAGAUGCAACGAAAUAGAAUACGAUGAGGAUGUGAAGAUGCGAACAUACAUCGAGAAUCAAAUGGCGGCGGCGUUGAUUAGGGUUUGCAAGAAAUGUAACCGACAGAUCAUCAAAGAAACUGGUUGUAACAAGAUGACUUGUGUUUGUGGUCAGACAAUGUGUUAUGUGUGCGGGGAAUCGGGUAUUACUUACAAUCACUUUGGCAUGAGAUGUCCGCAACAGUCUAAUCAAGAACAACUGCACCGAGAUGAUAUUCUUCGCAGUAUUCAAGCUGCAAAAGCGGCAUUGGGUGUGGAUAGAAAUCCUAAUAAGCUUAAGUUUGAUCCAUCUAAGGGGUUUUAACAUUUUAUCUUAUAUUUUACAAUGUUGCGCAUUAUUAAUCUAUGUCUAAUGAAAACGUAUUAAACAAUUUUAUCAGAUUAGUUUUAUAUACAAAAUACGCUUUUGUAUGUAUUUAAAGUUUUUAUUUGAGCGGCCAAAAUAGUCUCCAAUAUAGUUAUAUUUGAUUCAUCUAAA